AGGAGAGAUUUCUCAGAAAAACGCAGAAGAGCAACUGCAGAAGAAACAAAGUAUUAGGUCUCGCAAUAGCAAUCGGAAUCGGAGAAUGGCAAGUGCAGGUGGAGCGGCACCGUUUUGGAGGGCGGCUGGGAUGACAUACAUAACGUAUUCAAACAUAUGCGCAAAUCUGGUGAGGAACUGCCUCAAGGAACCCUUCAAGGCGGAAGCUAUCUCCCGCGAGAGGGUUCAUUUCUCCCUCUCUAAGUGGGUUGACGGCAAGCCCGAAAAGCCGACUGUUCGUUCAGAUCCUACAGAGCAUUGAUCCGUAGCUAUUGGAAAGAUUUGUAGCUGCAACUAUAUGUCAUUUUGAACCUAGCUGUUUUGUUUUAUUUGCAUGCUUGAUCUUGUAAUAAUUCGAGUUUGAACUUCUGAUUUGGAUCCAUUUUACUUUCAUCUGUUUCAGCGGUCAUGAUAUGAGAAUGCUUCUCAACUAAAUUUAAGUUGGGUUUUUAUAUGAAAUAAUAACAAUACUGCUCCUUUGUAAA